AUGCAGCUCUCUUACCUUUUGGCUCUCCUUGGAGCUUCAAGGAUUGCCUGGGCCGCUCCUGUCGCAAACAAUGACCAACUCGAAUCAGCCUCCGGCGAUAUUGAAAAACGCUUCUUCUACAAAGAUUACACGCCCGAGAAGCGUGAUGAGGACCUCGACAAGCGGUUCAUCUACAAAGAUUACACGCCCGAGAAGCGUGAUGAAGACGUCAACAAGCGGUUCUACUACAAAGAUUACACGCCCGAGAAGCGUGAUGAAGAUCUCGACAAGCGGUUCAUCCACUCUGAUUACGACGCAGAGAAGAGAGAUGAGUGA